AUGAGCUCUAAGCCAGACGCGAGUGAAAUGGAAGUAGACGAAAACAUUGCAUUGGAUAGUGGAUCCUCGAUGGAAGUCGUAAAUCCUGCAGUGGAUGUCGCGGGACCUUCUACGAGUUCCAAUUCUGGCAGCAGCUCCUGCCGAGUUAUGGCGUCCUCAGGAACAGUCGGAUCUGUUUCGGUGAGUUUACAUCCUCUGGUUAUCAUGAAUGUCAGCGAGCACUGGACCAGGUUACGCGCUCAGGAAGGCAGCGAUCAACUAGUCUACGGAGCAUUAAUUGGAAAACAAAAAGGAAGACACAUAGAAAUAAUGAACUCCUUCGAGCUGGUGUUCACGUUGGUUGAAGGUGAUGUUGUUAUUGACAGAGAUUACUAUAACACAAAAGAAGAGCAGUUCAAGCAGGUGUUCAGUGAGAUGGACUUCCUUGGCUGGUAUACUACUGGAGACAUGCCCAAUGAUAGAGAUAUUAAAGUUCAUAGACAAAUUUGUGCCAUCAACGAGAGUCCAGUGCUUCUUAAGCUUGAUCCAAGACCCAAAAAUGCAGAUCAACUAUCUGUAUCAAUGUACGAGUCUGUUAUUGAUCUUGUUGCUGGUGAAGCUACAAUGCUUUUUGUACCUUUGACAUACACAUUAGCUACUGAAGAAGCUGAAAGAAUUGGUGUUGAUCAUGUUGCGAGGAUGUGUAGCAACGAUCAAGGAGAAAGUUCUUUAGUUGCUGAGCAUCUUAUGGCACAGCAUAGCGCUAUUAAAAUGUUGUAUUCAAGAGUAAAACUUAUUUUGAUGUAUCUCCGUGCUGUUGAAAAAGGAGAACUGCCUCCAAACCACGAAAUUUUGAGAGCUGCUCGGUCGUUGGCUCAUCAUUUACCUGUCUUGAAUAGUGAUAGGUUCAAAGCUGAUUUCUACAACCAAUGCAACGAUUUCGGAUUAAUGACAUACCUCGGGAUAGUUACCAAGGGCUGCAACGACAUUAACCAGUUCGUGAACAAGUUCAAUAUUUUGUACGACCGAUCGGGAAUGGGCCCUGGGCACAUGAGACGAGGAUUGGUGGGUGCAAAUUUGAGACGUAUGCCGCUUGCUUUUACACAAGAUCCUAUUUUCUCCUAA